AUGUUUACAAGUCCCAAUUCCAGCGGCACCGCUAUCGAAGAUGCUGAUGAUUUCGAGCGCCGCGUCGAAAUUUCCGAAAAGGACGGCAACAAUGGCUCUGGCCGCCAGGAGCCCAUUGUCCUGAAAGGGGAGGAAGACGCCGGUUACCAGCCCGCAGCUGCGACACCCAUCGGCAGUCCGCCUCCGGACGGUGGCCUUCGAGCAUGGCUUGUAGUUGUAGGAGCUUGGUGCACGUCGUUUUGUAGUUUUGGGUGGAUUAACAGUAUGUACCCUCCUGCAUUCAAUACGAAAAAGGAUAACUGGAGACUGACCUUUGUGCAAAAAGGUGUUGGUGUAUUCCAAGACUAUUACCAGGCUACAAUCCUCAAAGAGUACUCGAGUAGCACCGUCUCAUGGAUCCCGUCCUUGCAGAUCUUCUUUAUGCUGGCCUUGGGGCCAAUUGUCGGUUUGAUCUAUGACAAGUACGGCCCCCGUUGGCUUAUUAUUGGCGGAACGUUUCUUCACGUCUUUGGCUUGAUGAUGACGUCUAUCUCUCACGAUUACUACCAGAUUCUCCUUUCACAGGGAGUCUGCAGCGCCAUUGGUGUCUCUGCCAUCUUCCAGCCGGCUCUCAACAGCAUUGCGACAUGGUUCACCACCAAGCGCGGCGCCGCCUACGGACUCUUAGCAACUGGCUCAAGCUUGGGAGGUGUCAUUUUCCCCAUCAUGGUCAGCCGCUUAAUCGACGAGGUCGGCUUCGGCUGGGCUAUGCGAAUCUCAGCUUUCUUGAUCCUUGCUCUUCUCAUCGUUGCCAUCUUGACAGUAAAAACGCACAACCCGCCCAAAUUCCAGCCCAUCACCGUCAAGCGAAUGGUCACUCCCUUCACCGAGGUUCAGUUUUUCUGUCUUGCCAUGGGAUUGCUGCUCUUUACAUUUGGACUGUACACCCCGAUCAACUACAUCUCCGUUGAGGCUGCUGCUGCAGGAAUGGACCCCAAUCUGGUGCUAUACCUCAUUCCUAUUCUAAACGCUGGAAGUUUAUUCGGUCGUGUUUUCUCUGGUUAUGCUGGCGACAAAUGGGGUCGAUACAACGUCUUCGUUGCGGUUUGCUACCUGGCGGGCAUAUUCGUCCUGGGCCUCUGGAUUCCCGCAUCUUCAACUGCCGCGAGAAUCGCCUUUGCUACGCUCUUUGGCUUCUUCUCAGGAGCUUACGUCGCUUUGAUCGCCGCCCUUGUCGUCCAAAUAUCACCUCCGUCUGAGAUUGGCUUCCGUACUGGUCUAGUGUUUCUGGCCUCGUCUUUUGGAGGUCUUACGACAAGCCCCAUCUCCGGUGCCAUUGUAGAGAAGCCUAUUGGAUGGCUUGGCCCGAAGAUUUUUGCAGGUGUCUUUUGCAUUGUUGGGACGACCUUUGUGUUGGCAGCAAGAAUCCACAGGACGGGCUGGAAGCUGAGAGCCGUCUUCUAA